AUGGAGAAUCAAUCAGCGCCAUUGAUCCCUACAUUCGAGGGACACAUCUCCAGUACCUUGGAUGCUCUUGUGCUCUUCGAGUCAUGCUUGGAUGGCAUCCUUAAUCAUGUCCCCCGCCGUCCUCAUGACCGUGAGCGUCAAGAUCUUAUCAAAAGCGGUAAUAUCUUCGUCUACGAAGAGCAUUCCUCUGGAAUCAAGCGCUGGACAGAUGGUGUCUCCUGGAGCCCAAGCCGAAUCCUUGGCAACUUCUUGAUCUACAGAGAGCUCGAGAAGCCCUUUCCUCCGGGCGAGAAGAAGCGAGCCCUGAAGAAGAGCAAGAAGUCGUCCUCACCUCAGGGAAUCGUCAAAUCCGAAACGAUUUCCCAUACAAAUAUGUCCUAUGUCGCUGCAGGACUCGAUCAAUCCAGCAACAGCAAGGAUCAGGAGCGCUCCUUGAUCGGCUCACUCGUGGACUCGUACCCUUUCAAGCCCGAUGGGCUGGUGAAGAAGACUAUCAGCAUUUCCUACCAGGGCGUCGCUCAUCACAUGGUGAGCUACUACAACGUCGAUGAUGUUACAUCAGGCAAGCUUGUCACCCCAACGAAUAGCAUUAUCACGCGAGGCGUCACUCCUCGGUCUGAACUCUUUCUCGCUCAAAACUUUCGAACUCCCAUUGACGAGGUUGAGUAUGCGGUAGCUGAACAUACCGGGGCCGUGCCCGCCCAGUAUGAUCCCGACCACGGCUCAAUCAACAAUGGUAGUGGUGUCCUCCACCGUGCCAUGAUGCAAGGCAACCUACAGAACGCCAUGAAUAGUAUUCAUUCAAGCAGCUCGGGUUCUGCUUACAUGUUUCCGCAACAUUCUCCCACUACACAGAACGGCGGCUAUCCAGGCCCUGUUGCGAACUCGGGUUUCCAGGCCGCCAUGCCACAGCAAAUGCCCUACGCAACCAACCCAGCGAGCAAUUACUCUCUUGAACAUGCCAGAGGCGAACGAUUUUCUGUCACACCAACAGUUAACCAUGAGUUUCCCCGUAAUAUGCCACCGGCCACAUCUUCUAGACGUCCCUCGAUAUAUGACGUGGCAAGUCAUCAUCCUUCAGACAUGAGCGGCAUGGCCUUUGGAUCCAACAGUACCGACACUCGACCUUUGGCUAGCAACCCCUACCUUACCCAUCAAUCAUACUAUGUGCAACCUCAGCACCAAACUGCGGCGGCUACCCCACAAACUUCGACAUUUCCAGUAUCCCGUGCAUUGAGGCUGGAGUCGGAUGCGAUCCAUGCCGACGACAGCAUCAACCACUCAUACAACCUCGACGGUGCUUCGGGGGUCUGGGGUAUCGAAAGUCUAGAGGGCGACUCUGACCAUCAAUACUACACUCAAAAUAAUGUCCAUUGGACCAACGGGCCCAAUUCUCUCCACCGAUCAUGA